UAUCAUUAAUAAAAAAAGCCUGAAAUAAAAUCCUGUCAUCUGCAAGAUUAUAGUGAACUUGUAGAUUUCACCUUAAUUUAUCAUGUUUUCAAGAGUUUUGAGACUUAAGAAUAGUCUGAUCUCUAAUCAAAGUCAUAUUCGUAAAUUUUGCAAAUCGCAAACACACUUGGAUCUGAAAAGAACAUGUCUGUAUGAUUUCCAUGUUCAUAAUGAAGGGAAAAUUGUUCCAUUUGCUGGAUGGGAAAUGCCAGUACAAUAUAAAUCAGGAAUAACUUCAGAACAUCUCCAUGUUAGAUCUGACGCUGGUUUGUUUGAUGUCUCACAUAUGCUGCAGACAAAGAUCACAGGCGAAGACAGCAUUAAAUUUAUUGAAAGUAUGACUGUAGCUGAUGUUGAAGGAUUAAAAGAAAAUCAGGGAACUUUGAGUGUAUUUACUAAUGAUACUGGUGGUAUAUUAGAUGAUUUAAUUAUCAACAAAACAACUGAUGGAUAUUUAUAUGUGGUAUCUAAUGCUGGAUGUGCAGAAAAAGAUCUGAGAAAUAUGUUGACUCAAGCAGAACUAUUCAGAAACGCAGGUGGAGAUGUGGAUGUGGAAAUAAUAUGUAAUGGUUUAUUGGCACUGCAAGGUCCAUCUGCUGGUAAGGUGAUGCAAGAGGCUGUUGACUUUGAUAUGAACACUUUACCAUUCAUGACAAACAAACAAUGUAGUGUAUAUGGUAUAUCUGAUUGUAGGGUAACACGGUGUGGAUAUACUGGUGAAGAUGGUGUUGAGAUAUCAGUUCCAUCAGACAAAAGUGUGGAGUUAGCAAUAAGACUGAUGAACUCAAAGGCUGGAAAUGUCAAAUUAAUAGGUCUUGGAGCAAGAGACAGUUUACGACUAGAAGCUGGUCUAUGUUUAUAUGGGAAUGAUAUUACUGAGACUACAAGUCCUGUAGAGGCUACAUUGAUGUGGACCAUUGGAAAAAGAAGAAGACAAGAUGCUGAUUUCCCUGGAGCAGAAGUCAUAUUAGAACAGAUAAAACAGAAGCCAACAAGAAAAAGGAUAGGAAUUAUAUCUGAAGGUCCACCUGCUAGAGGUGGAACAAAAAUAUAUAAUGAAUCGGGUACUACACAGAUUGGAGAGCUAACAAGUGGUUGUCCUUCACCUUCAUUAAAAAAGAAUGUAUCCAUGGGAUAUGUGGAAACUCCAUUUUCUAAAGUUGGAACUGGUGUUCAGCUGGAAGUACGAAAAAAGAUGGUGCCAGCUACUGUGUCAAAAAUGCCAUUUUUGAAGUGCAAUUAUUUCACUGGCUAGUAUUGUGAAUUAUUCUUGUCAUUUAGGUAUCUGGACCAUAAUUGAAUUUGACCACAUACUAAUUAUUUAAAAGACCUGGUUGCGCUUUGUACACGUUGUAUGCAAACCUGACUGCAUCAGAAAUCUUCUUUUUCACAUGAUAAAUUUCUUCAGGGAAUAUUUUCAAGUUUAAAGAUUAUUUCAUACUCAGGAAUAUUUUAAUUUCAUUUGUCCUAAAAAUAUUACAGUUAUUAGAUUAUGUUUUUUUUUUUAACUUUUAAAAUAUCAAAGUAAUUUAAAAAAAAAUAUAUAUAAAAGUUGAACUUAUAUUUGUAUUAUGGUCCAGAUACUUAAAUGAUAUGUCACUUUAUACAUUGUUAUUUGAAAAUAAAGAUUUAUGACUUUUAAAACCUAUUACUGUGGAUAUCAAUUUUUGGAGAUAUUUUAAUUUGUGGUUCAGCU